UUGUCUUAAAUUGAAAGUGCUUUUUAUACUAAUUUAAUAAAUAUUUAGAGUAAGGAGGAAUUUAUUACUUAACGGUACAACAUGUCAAAAGUAGAAUACAAAAGUAUCACAGAAGGGCCAAUUAAAACCAGCACAUUUAAAUGGACUAUAUCAAAGUUCAUCGAAUCACUGAAUAAUACUACUAUCAAAGAGUUACGGACGAACAAGCUUGACCAUAGUGAUAUUGAAUUAGACUCCAGGAUCCAGUUGAAGAUUAAAUUCUGAGGCCAAGACAAUGAUAUGAUGGAAGUUUACUGUUUGUUAGCAAAUGGUACUGAAUGUCUCGAAUUGACACUUUCAUAUGUAAAUCGUUAUGAUGAAAAUAAGCUAAAAACAAAGAAGUAUCACAAAAUUCCAGGAAACAAGUGGCAUCACUUAGCUACUUUGUUCAAACGAAUAAUAAACCAGAAUCUAAAUAUGUAUUUAGAAAAUAGCAAUUUUGUAUUAAAAUUUCAGUUUAAGUCAAUCAUUAAUUUUCAAGACAGAAAUUCCCAAACCCAGUUAGGUAUUGAUGUAGAAAAUAUGUUAAAUAACAGCCUAUAUUCUGAUGUAAUAAUAAAAUCUACAGAAGGUUAUGAGUAUAAAGUACAUAAAAACAUAUUAGCCAGCCGCAGUGACGUAUUGAAGGCUCAUUUCGAGCACAACACUAUAGAAUGUCAGACGAACAUAAUCGAAUCUCCUCUAGAAGAUGAAAUUCUGAUGGAAGUAUUAACAUUCAUUUACAGCGAUAAAGCUCCAAGAGUAAAUGAGAUUCCCGAACAAUUAUUGUCUGCAGCUAAUUACUACCAGCUCAGCAGGUUGAAGAGUUUGUGUGAGGAAGAACUGCGGAAACGAUUAACUGUGGAAAACGCUAUAGAAACUCUACAGCUUGCCGAGUUACAGUCUGCCGAAACACUGAAACAAUUGACACUGGAGUUCAUCAAAGAUGGCAAUGCACAAUUGAUAACUGAAACUGAGGGAUGGGCUAAAAUUAAUUCCAUAGAAUUGCUCAAAACAAUUCAUGAGUAUCUUUGGAUGGAAAGCCAUUAGAAUGUUGUACCUAAUUUUUUAUUAAAAUCAUAUACAUUGCCACAUAUUAUAAACAAGUCUGAAAGUUAAAUGUACAGGCUACUUACAUGUACCUACUUGAUAAAAUAAAAAUUCAAGUAGACAGUACUAUAAAUAAUAAUUUAAGUAGGUAUUAUAGAUACCUACAUAAUGAUAAAAAUUUAAUAGUUAAGUUAAGAGUUAAUAAAGAAAUAGUAUUUUU